AUGAAUCCUUUUAAAACUCUGUAUGGUUAUGAUGCUACUCAUUUGGCUUUCCCAACCACUCUAACUACUUUUGUAGCUGAAGAUGAGGAAUAUCUUCAACACAGGACUGCCAUGUUGGACAUUCUUAAGGACUCCUUGUCAGUUGCUCAGGCCAGGAUGAAGUUUUUUUCUAAUCAGAAGAGGACUGAAAGAUCUUUUGAAAUAGGAGAUUUAGUCUACCUCAAGUUGCAACCUUACAGACAAGCCUCUGUCUCUCUCAGAAGGAAUUUUAAACUCUCAGCUAAGUACUAUGACCCUCUUCCUAUUAUUUCCAAAGUUGGUCAAUUAUCUUACAAGCUGCAACUUUUUCCAGAGGCUAGAGUACAUCAUGUCUUUCAUGUAUCUCAGCUUAAGAAGAAGAUUGGAUCUACUUAUAUGCCCUCCCAACUCUUCCCUUAG